AUGAACUACGGUAACCUCGCCGGCCAGACUAAUUUGGAGAAGAAGAAUGUUCAGAAGACUUUUGCAGUGUUCUCCAUUGUCUGCUUCAUUUGUGCCGAUGAUCAUCUCGAAGAGUUCGGCGAAUGCAGUAAGCAGUUCCAGUACGAUUGCAAUGCUUACGCGCAGAGAUUCGCGCCCACCGAAAAGAUUUACUGCAGGAGCACGAGGACGAAGAAUUCGACGUCGAGUGAGUCAUAAAACCUCCAAUCCGGAAGAGGGCGCAAGCAUGCGGAACGGUACGGAAAAGAAGGGCAUUGCGCACUUUUGUUAUGAAAUUUUAUGUUUGUUAUCAUGCAACCGUAACGCCUUCUUCUCAACUUUGCCCCCCGCCCCCGAUUUUUAGGCCAAGGCAACAAAAACCACCUUGAUCCCCUCCUUUUCAUAUGUAAAUUUCGGAACGGUCUCCCCAACUUUUUCCCAUUCUUAGCGAGGGAAGAUUGGAGGGGAACAAGCUUCUAAACCCUUUGCCCUCAGAGACCGAUUUGGUCGGCGGCGGAUCCAGCCAGCUAAUUCGGUGUCAGCAAACAAUGGGGGCUGCUGGGCGACGGACGGACGGCGCGCGUCCGCCACAAAAUAUUAUACUUUCGUGAAACUUUCACCGUCAAUGAAUCUGACCUAUUUGUGAGAAGGGAUGAAGCAGCAAGCAGUACGGUUUUGCAGAGACCUACACGAUAAUGAAGGAAUGCAUUUCCGAACAGGACCAUUACACAAAAUACCCGGACAAAGGGUACAGCAUUGAUGACGAGUGCGAUCUGGUCGACGUGCAGGGCGUCGAGAUGGCCUACUGUCUGUGCAGGACCGACGAUUGCAACCGGAACCCCAUCGCCGAACAGUUUAUGGACUUUGAGAAGAAGCAUCCGGAGCUGUUCGGCGACAUUGACGACGGAACCGGAAGAGUUGUGGCGGGACCUCCGAGCCCUCCGAGAGCACCGCCCACUUUCAGAGCGGGAGAGGCUCCGCUUAAGAUCCAGCCGCUUCCGGCCGGAUUCUCUCAGCACUUGCCGCAAGCUCCUUCUUCGUUCGCGGCUCCGAUCUUGAAUCCUCCUGCGAUCGUACCGAUCAAUGACCUCAGAGUGAGAAUAUUGUGCAAUUAACUGAUUAAAACCUUUCAAUUUCAGACGCAGUCCCAAUCAAAGUCUUCCGAAAUAAUUGAGAUUCGUCGUUCUCAGCUUCCAUCGCGUGCUUCCGGAAUCGAAACUGAGAUCAGUUCGCAGCCUCAACGACCGAUCAGCAACUCCCGGGAAUCUGAGAUCCCCCUGAUGAACCUUCCGAGAACGACCAUCAGCGAAGGAACGUUCGUCGGAAGUGGGCCAAUCGUUCCGAAGGCUCCACAACUCCCAACCAAAGGUGCCAUUUUUGAGCGUUCUCUGAUGAACGACGUCUUUCAGAAGUGUCAUCCUCGACCAUGAGAUGCAUUCAGUGCGGCGACGGAUCCCUUUCGAAUGUGAACGAGGAAUGCAAACGGCAACUGCAAGUGGAGUGUGCUUCGGAGAGAUCGCUCUGCUUCACACGACAAAUUGAACUGGGAAAUGGUAAGACUAUAAAAGCGUCGAAAUAUUCCUUAUUGCAUCUGGUGUAUUCUAGGAAUGUACGGAAUGGAGAAGAUGUGUGUGCUUCCCGAGCAGUUGGUGAACGAGUUCGGAGAAGCAGCGAGAGACGAGGGAUGCGGAAGUUCGAACGGAGGACGCGUGCAGUACUGUGCUUGCUCCUCGCCAGUCUGCAAUCAGCUGCCGCUGGCUCAACAGGUAAGCAAAUCGUUCUGACCUGGUACUGAUUACUCGAUCACUUCCUGACCCACUUCGCCUUCGUCUUUCCGCCAGUUCAUUAUAAUUCCGCCCUCCGAUAACCCCAUCUUUCUCGAGGGACAUUGCGUGUAAAAAGUGACAAUUAUUUCGAUAUACGACCCUGUUCCAACACUCAUUCGUUGUCUUCUCGGCCGCCGAAUGAAGUGCCGACGCCUUCCCCCGAUCACACUUGACCCGAAUUGCAGUCAAGAACAUUUACAAGUUGACGAUUGAGAGAAAGAUUUACAAUUGAAAGGGGGGGGGGGGAAAUGAAGCUGAUUAGAAUUCUUCUUUUUUCAGAGACAACUACUCACGGCCAUCGCUCCGGUAAGGGGUCACAAUGUGCCGGAUCUCGCUACUGCAGAGCUCCCGAUCCCACAGCCACCGAGGUUCGCAGAAGUGCCAACUGAACCGCCCGCACCGCCAACCACAACCACCACAACUAGCACAACGACGAGCACGGAACCUCCCCGGCCGAUCAUUCCAUCAGUCGUCCAUCGUCCCGCCAUCCCUUCGUUGACCUGUCUCGCCUGCGGAGAGUCCGACAUGGCAGAUCCGACAGCUGAUUGUACGUCGGUCAGGGAAGAGGCUUGUGAGGCGAGUGCCAGGUUCUGUGUCACUAAACAAACACAGAUUUCAACAAGUGAGUUGGAAAUGAAAGGAAGAAUGAGAGAAACUCGUCUUGGCUUUCAGGUUCGUUCGCCAUGGAGAAGAGGUGCUUGUCGGAGAAGGAUGCUGCCGUGUUCUUGCCCGGGGAAAAGGUGAGAAGGAAGAAAGGAUUACAUAAGUACUCAGUCGGUUUCAGCUGACUGAGGGAUGCGCCACGAGUGAAGGAGGCCUCGUGAACUACUGUAUCUGCCGAGGAAAAUUGUGCAACAGACCGUCAUUACUGCAGCAAGCACAAUCCACCGGGUAGGAAAAGAGGAAUUGCUCACCAAAAGUUCUUUUUCAGAGUGAGAGAUUCUCUCGAAGAGCAGCGACUUUUGGAGGAAGAGAUUCAGAAGUCGCAACGUCUCGCAAAUGCGAUUCAAACGAACAGAGUGCCGAAUCAAGCCAACGUGGGAGUACUUCCGCCGAAUCAUCACGAGGACAAGAAGCCGAAGCUACCGCCUGUUUUCCUAGACGAGGAUGAUUCAAUUGAAGUGGCAAAGGAUGUGCGAACCGAAGAGGAUAUAAUCAAAGAACGGCAGAGGGAAUGGGCGAGGGCCGUCGAGACAAGGGACUCCGCCAAUUGGGCUUCAUUGGCUUCAUCUCUUCUUUUUGUCACUCUUCUACGCUUUCUUUGA